UCCUUCCAUUUCCCUUGUGCUCCCAGCCAUGGAUAGAGCAGAUGAAAGGAGAAACAACAGACCUCAUCUCCUGUCGUCUUAAUUACCGUCUUGGGGAUGCUUCACCUGGUCAUCGCUGCGAGUUCUGGCUUUCAAGGUUUGUCUUUUUCUGAGUGUUCUGUCAAUGAAAUGUCAGUUUGGUUACUUCUUACAGUGAUGUUAUAACUGAACAUGUUGGAAGCAUUGAGGAAUUCAGCUGCCAUUUGCGUCAGGGCAAAUGGGUUUCAUUCCCGACGGCAACCCUCAAAUACCCAUCCAAGUAAAGGCAUUAUAGGAUGUUUCUACUGUGACUUGGGCAUUCGUCCUUCUAGGUGGAAAACGCGUAGAAAUUUUUCCGGCAUAUAUGACUUGAAUGAUGUCUACGUGGUUGUGGAAUGUGUUAAUAGCUGGUGUGGAAUUCAACCAAAGAAAGUGGCAGGAACGAAACAGGUUUUCGGGUCUAUAAGAAGAAGGGCUAAUUCUGUAAUGAUUUCUGGUUUUGAGUCGGAGUUGCUUUGUGAAGAAGAAGAAGAAGAAGAAGGAAUGAACAUUUUGAUCAGAAAGAGAGAAGUCAAACAUAACAUUAGUAUCUAUGAUCAAAAGUUGGAUCCUUGCAGGAAUGUAGUAAUUUUGGGGGGUGAAAACAAUGCUGAAAAUACAUGUAGCCCAUCUUCGUCUAACUUAGAAGAGAGUUUCCGUAUGUAUGAGACCAAAUUGCACUUUUUAGAGGAAAGGGAUGAAGAGAUAUUGUCGAAAAGGAUGCUGAGCCUUAGCAGAUCUAACAAGGUUCGAAGCGCAUUGGAGUUGUUUUUCUCGAUGGAGGCUUCUGGGCUUUGCCUGGGUGUGCAUGCUUGUAACUCUCUCUUGUCUUGUCUGCUGCGGGUUGGAUCCCUUACCAUCGCCUUGAGAGUGUUUCGUAUGAUGAAGGAGAAGGGAAUUGGUACAGGCCAUACAUAUAGCUUGAUCCUCACAGCAGUCGCGGCAGCUCAUGGCUGUGAUUCCGCUUUGAGAAUGUUCACAGAAUUGGAAGGGGAAGGGAUGUUGAAGAAGAGCUCAGAUGCUCUUGUUUACAACACAAUGAUCUCAGUAUGCGGGAGAGCAAAGGACUGGUUCCAAAUGGAAAGAAUGUGGAGAAGGCUUAAGGAAGAUGGUUACAGUGGAACCUUGGUUACUUAUCGCCUGUUGGUCAGCUCUUUUGUACGCUGCAGCCAGACUGAGCUGGCAAUCGAAGCUUACCAUGAGAUGAUUCAGAAUCAGUUGACACCCAGUGAGGAUGUUAUGAAAGCUAUAGUCGGUGCUUGUGCGAAGGAGGGAAAGUGGGAUUUAGCUCUUAACGUUUUCCAAGAAAUGUUGGAGAGGGGCUUGAAACCAAAUGCUAUAGCGUAUAAUGCAUUAAUCAAUUGCCUUGGAAAAGCAGGGAAAGUAGACCUUUCAUUUAAGAUUUACAAGGUCAUGAAAUCUUCGGGUCAUACAGCUGAUGCAUAUACAUGGAAUGCAUUACUUACUGCUCUGUAUAGGGGAAAUCGGCAUGCUGAUGUCCUUCGACUUUUUGAAAGCAUCAGAAUGGAGAGAAGUUCUGAGUUGAAUGACCAUCUAUACAAUGUCGCUUUGAUGUCUUGUCAAAGGCUUGGAUCAUGGGAUCGAUCUUUGCAGCUUUUGUGGCAGAUGGAAGCAAGCGGAAUGUCAAUGUCCACCAUGUCAUAUAAUCAUGUCAUUGAAGCUUGUGAGGCUGCAAGGAAGCCGAAAGUUGCACUGCAGGUCUACAAUCAUAUGAUUCAUGAGAAGUGCACCCCAGACACAUUCACUUAUUUAUCAUUGAUUAGAGCUUGCAUUUGGGGUUCUCUAUGGGCUGAAGCGGCGGAAAUCCUCAAUUGCACCACACCGAAUGCUUCACUUUACAAUGCACUCAUUCACGGCUUGUGUUUAAGAGGCCAGUACACAUCAGCGAAGAAGCUGUACAUGCAAAUGAGCAGCAUUGGGCUUAAACCUGACGGUAAAACAAGGGCAUUGAUGCUUCAGCACUUGCGAAAGGAUCUAGUCAGACAGCAUAGCAGGUUCCAUUCUCAUCGUCGUCACUAAUACUUUUCACAAAUCAGCAACCAAGAAAUAGAUCUUGUACUUUCAAAUCAGAGAAUUAGAUUACGAGCCAACCUAAUCUGACCAAAAAAAAAAAGAAAAGUGAAGGAAUUAUAUGGUUCUGAGUUUUAUCUAUAGAUCAGUAUUUGUUUUCAAUUUGAUGUCACUUCAGGAAAAAGAAACUGUAUAGCAACAUUAAUCUGGAAUUUAUUACUUAAAAAAAAAAGAAACAGAAAAAAACCAAUUAAGCCAUUUUUACUUUC